GGGGUCUGGCUGGGAACCUUAAGACGCAGCCAAACUUGCUGCAAACUUAUUGGCAACACGAGACGCGCAUUCGGAAUCUGGUUGCCCUUGGACACUAGGAACGAUCUUCGGACUCAUGGUCACUCACCACAAUGUUUGCUAAGCCACGGCAAAAGAAGACCUUAGGGCCUCCUCCAAAAAAAAGAAAAGCCCAGCACAGCAUCGAAGAGAUCUCAUUUGACAAUGAUGCGCGUGCCGAUUACCUCACCGGCUUCCAAAAGCGCAAGCAGGCGAGGAUAAAACAUGCACAGGAGCAGGCGGCUGAGCAGGCCAGGAAGGACCGGAUUGAGAUGAGGAAGCAGCUGCGAGAGGAGCGCAAGCGAGAUAUCGAGAAACACGUGGAACAAGUCAAUGCACUGUUGCGAGAGGCGCAACAUGCCGGUCAGGAAGAUGACGACUCCGAGAAUGGUUGGGAGGGCUUUGACGACGAGCCGCCGCCAGAACUCAAGCCUAUGGAUUUUGAAGAGGAGUAUAUCGACGAGGACAGGUUCACCACGGUGAAAAUCGAGUCGGUCAAUGUCGACAGGGAUGGGCUGCACAGGCCGGAGGACGAAGAAACUUCCGGGGACGAUGAAGCGAACGGUGAAAGCAAACCCGAAGAAAAAACAGUGGGCGACAAAAAGCCAAGUAAAGACCAGAAGCCAAAGAAGAAGAAGAAGAAAUUUCGAUACGAAACCAAGUUUGAGAGGCGGUUGACGGAAAGCAAGCGAAGGGCCAAGAAAUUUGCAGGUGCAGGAUAGGGGCUAUCAUAGGUACCUAGGGCGUAAGCCAGUCUAAUUCUCUACCACAGCGGUGUGAUGCACAAUGUGUUAAGUGAGGUCUCGUGAAUGUAUCGUUGAUUCGGACAG